AAAAUGGUCCAUAUUUCAACUGCAAAGUCCUCCAUAAAGGCCAAAUUCUGAACCUCUCCUUCAAGCUUGUUCAACCUCAAGGUCCAGAAUUCUCAGAUAAGCUUUGCUCCGAGUGAAAGCAAGCAACUUUUUUCCACAGUUUCCAUGGAAAAGCUUAGGUUCCACCAAGUCCAUACGCCUCUGUUUGCCCUUCUUUUUUAUCUCCUCCAUUUCUCAUCCCUCCAGUUUCUGUCCAUGGCAGAUUACUCUCUCCCAGAUAAGUAUUUCAUCAAUUGCGGCUCUGCUAACAACGUCUACGCCGGCCAACGGAAUUUCGUCGGGGAUUUGAAUUCCAGUGACUCGACUUCCAAUUCCAUUUCCUUUACGGAUCAGAACAGAGUCGCGAUUGACAGCUACCAGUCUUCAACUACAUCAUCCCUGUAUCAGACAGCAAGAGUUUUUAUGCAGAACUCUUCGUAUGAGUUCGAUAUCGACACUAAUGGUACUUAUUUUGUUCGCCUCCAUUUCUUUGCUUUCUCCUCCCCAAGUACUCCAACUGAUCUCUCCACAGCGCUUUUUGACGUCUGGACUUCCGGGUUCUCACUGUUGCUUAAUUUCACUGCCAAAACCAGUAGCGACUCUCCUAUAAUAAAGGAAUUCUUACUUAGCACACUCAAUCCUGGCAAAUUUAAAGUGUAUUUUGUUCCUCGGGGAUCAUCGUUUGCAUUUAUAAAUGCCAUGGAAGUCUUCCUUGCCCCUGACGAUCUGAUCAAUGAUACAGCCCGACAUGUUACUGCUGCAGGAAGCACCAAUGAUUACAAGGGUGUUCUGUCUAAGGCUUUACACACCAUUUACAGGAUAAAUGUUGGAGGCCCUAAUGUCACACCGGAAAGCGACACGCUAUUGAGAAACUGGGUUCCGGACAGCGACUACAUCUAUAAUCCAGACAAGGCAAAGGUUGUAACCCAAUCCAGUAGCCCUAAUUACAAACCCGAUUUUGCCAGUCGGUAUACUGCCCCUGAUCCUGUCUACCAGACUGCGCAAACGAUGGAUAUCAAUUCUACCAGGCAAGCUGAUUUUUUCAACAUAACCUGGGGUUUUAAUGUGCGUAGGAAUGCUAGACACCUCGUUCGUGUUCACUUCUGUGACAUUGUUGGGACAUCAGCUAAUGUUCUAAGAUUCAAUCUUUAUAUUUAUGGUAGGUUCAAUAAGAUAAUCGAUUCCUACGAGUAUGUUGGCCUGUUAAAUAUUCCAUUCUAUGACAAAUUUGUGGUUGAUUCUGAUGAUUCGGGAACUAUGAAUAUAAGUAUAGGCCCUAGGGAUGAUUCUCCUGAAAUAAAUGCCUAUCUAAAUGGGCUAGAAAUAAUGGAGAUACUGGAGACGUCGGGUUCAGUUCCUGCAGUGAGUGAGCGGAAGAACAAACAUACUUUUCUUGUAGUUGUUUCGGUGCUUGGAGGGUUGGUUCUAAUCUGCAUUUUGGCAGUUGGAUUCUUUUUGGUUUUCAAAUGCAGGAAGGAAAAGCCAGUGGAAAACUCGGACUGGUCACCAAUACCUGUAUUUGGAGUUGGGAGUACGCAUAGCAGGGCGACUGAGGGAACCACAAAUGGCUCCCUUCUGCCUAAUUUUAAUCUCGCAUUGAAGGUACCUCUUGCUGAAAUCCUAUAUGCGACAAACAACUUCGACACGAGGUUGCUGAUUGGUAAGGGUGGCUUUGGGAAUGUCUAUAGGGGAACUCUCAGACAUGGCCAAAAAAUUGCUGUGAAACGGAGUGAGCCAGGGUCAAACCAAGGCUUCCCAGAAUUCCAAACGGAAAUCAUGGUUCUUUCCAAAAUUCGCCACCGCCAUCUUGUUUCCUUGAUUGGGUAUUGUGAGGAGAGAUCUGAGAUGAUACUUGUCUAUGAGUUCAUGGAAAAGGGGACUUUAAAGGAUCAUAUAUAUGCUUCAGAUUUGCCUCGUUUGUCUUGGAAGCAAAGGCUUGAGAUAUGCAUUGGUGCAGCAAGGGGUCUUCAAUACCUCCACAAAGGUUCAGCUGGGGGAAUAAUACACCGUGAUGUCAAGUCCACUAAUAUCUUGCUUGAUGAACAUUAUGUUGCUAAAGUUGCGGACUUUGGCCUCUCGAAAACAGGUCCUCUUGAUGAGACCCAUGUCAGUACAAUUGUCAAAGGCACGUUCGGUUAUCUCGAUCCUGAGUAUAUUAGGUCCCAACAGUUGACGGAAAAAUCUGAUGUGUAUGCAUUUGGAGUGGUUCUUCUCGAGGUGCUAUGUGCACGGCCAGCAAUUAAUGCCAUGCUUUCCGGGAAGCAAGUGAAUUUGGCUGAAUGGGCAAUGCUCUGCAAGAAGGAAGGGACGCUUGAAGAGAUUGUUGAUCCUUCCCUCAAGGGUCAGAUUGAUCCAAACUCCCAAAGAAGAUUUAUUGAGACGGCAGAGAAAUGUUUACAAGAAUUAGGCGCUGAUCGCCCCACCAUGGAUGAUGUGGUCUGGGACUUGGAAUAUGCAUUACAGCUUCAGCAAACUGCAAUGCGGAGAGAACCACAUGAGGACAGUGCAGUCGAUGGUUUAGCAGGAUUGGCAUUGCCCAAUGUACAGCGGUUGCCUUCAUUUAGCAUUACGAUGGAUGAAAGCGAUAUGCCUGUAAUGAUGGAUGAUGGCUCCUACGUUAAAGCAUGUGAUGUUUAUUCCCAGAUGAAAAUCGAUGACGCCAGAUAAUGAAACUUGGUCUUUCUGGUCAGUGCCUCUGAUUCGAACAUGUUUUAGGAGAUCCUAGUUGAUUUCCUCAAUAUUGCGGAUAGCUUUUUGCUUGACUUUGGAUGAUGGACAGUAAUGUUCCUUUUGAAGUGUUGGCACUUUCACUCUCUCCUUUUGUAUUUUAUUUUCUCUUAAAAAUAAUUGUAAAGAUGUGUUAUAUUUCUUGGUAA